AUGAGUUUCGCCAUCUCCAAGCUCGAUAAGGAAAAUCAUCACCGUCGCCUCCAUUGCCACCGGCAUCCAGUUCCGCUGGGCUCUUUAGCUGUCUCUUCUAACCCCAUACGUUGCAGACCCUCGGCGUUCCCCACACAUGGGCGGCUUUCAUUUGGCCCUGCGGUCCAAUCUCCGGCCUCCUUGUUCAACCCAUCGUGGGUUACAACAGUGACCGUUUCACCUUCCGGUUUGGUCUACGCCGACCCUUUAUCUUCGCAGGAGCCGGCUCGUUCUCCAUCGCCAUCUUCCUCAUCAGUUUCGCUAAAGACAAUGGUCACCGUGCAUAACUCCAUUGUCAACCUCGCAAGGGUCUUUGACAAUGCUGUCAGUUUUCUUUCUAGUCAAGUUUCAUGGUACCAUGACUCAGCUGAUAUCUGUAAUCUGGGUAGUCUGAACUGCUCAAAUGCAUUCGUCGAGAAGUUUUCAGAAAGCAAAGAUUGGAGAUUGAACUGUAGUGAACAUGAUAUGCGUCUGGGAGCCUGCACUUCACUGGUUGGUCCGGUACAGGAGCAAAGUUUCCAUAUAUUUGAACAGUGGGGUCAGCUAUUUUGGGAAGAGGAUGGUGACGCUCGUGAGAAACCAAAGUAUUCUCCACCAACGGGAUACUGGAAGCUUGGGAAGAGAUUCCAUGAUAUUGUUAUUAAGAUCGGUCUUGAUAAGAAUAUCUUUGUCUGUAACGGAUUAUUGUCUGUUUAUGCUAAAUGUGGGGUUAUGAAAGAUGUUCAAAUUUUUUCGGUCAUUGAUGAGCCUAAUGAGGUUACUUUUACCUCAAUGAUGGGUGGGUUAGGAAGUAUUGACGGUGUAUUUGAGGCUUUGGAGAUGUUUAGAGUGAUGUGUAGAAAAGGGGUUCGAAUUGAUUUUGUUUUCUUGUCUGCUGUUUUGAUUGUUUGUGCGAAGGAGGAAGAGUAUGGUGAAUCUGGUUGCUCUGAAGAUAGUGAUAGAUUAUCAUGUAAUGUUGUACUUGGGGAACAAGUACAUGGUCUUGUAAUUAAGCUCGGAUAG